AUGCUUUUACGGGACGAAUACAAGAAUAAUCUGGACAAAGUCGUCAAAAUCUAUUCACCGAUUUUGAAUAAAUUGGCGGAACUUGGAGGACGUUUCGCAACCAAAGUUGCAUUGAAGACGCGUGAAUUGUUGAUUCAUUGUCAUUUAUCUUCUUAUGAAGAAAAAUUAAUUGAUACUCGAUUUGCUGUUUUCGAUGUUCUUCCGAAUUUCCUUUAUCAUCAAGAUAAUUGGGUUGGGCUUGCCGCAUUAGAAGUUUACGCCCGACGCCCUUAUCGUGCCUACCAACUUAUAAACAUUAAAUACCAAGCCCCAUUUAUGGUCUCUUUGAACUUCUCACUUCAUAAUGCUACGACUGACAGUCCAACUGGUUCGGUCGAAAGCCCCUCGUUUUUUAGUAUGAGAUGUUCAGCAAAUAGAAAGAAAUAUACCACGAAUUUAAAACUUUUCCCAAAAAUACAAACUGUCCAAGGAUGGAAAUCUCAGGAUCCAUCAGAUAGAUACAAUAUAAAUAACGUUUUGAACUUCGAUUUAAGACUGGAAGAUGAUGCUAUAGAGGAUGAAGCUUUGAAAAAACAACUCAAACCCCCUUAUACAACGACAUUCUUAUGA